ACCGCCACUUUAUUUGGCUCUUAGACUGAGUGGAUUUGCACAAUUGAGGUGGAUUGAAUUUGCAAAUUCAAAAGAAAAAAAAACUCUCACUGCCGCAGUUUUUUCUCAACCGGUGAAGUCUCUACCGGGGCAGCAAGGAAUCCAGAAUUUUCCGGACAGCAACAGAAAGAAAUAUUACCAGAGCCCAACAAUUGUUGAUUUUUUUUACUGAUUCAUAUGGCGGGGAAGUCGUCGGCUGCACCAUCACAGUCCGCUGCCUCGUCCCUGAAUGAUGUUUGGUUAGCUGUUACGGAUCUCGCCCUUGAGAUUUGCACACUCCGCCAGGAACAAAUUGAUCUCUCCCGACGGGUUGAUGGUGUAUUCUCUAUUUUGGAAACUCGGGAGACUCUGGGUGAUUACAAAAGUGGGUUGUUUUGUUAUAAGGUUUUUAAGCCGCGGCAACUGGAUCCAGAUUUUCCAACAUGGUUUUAUAGCGUUACAGGUAUUCGUCAUAAUGCUUGGAUGUCAAACAUUGAACAACCAAAAGAAGAACAAUUGCAUGAACCCAUUGAAGAAAUCAUAUCAGCCGUGACAAAAGUGAAAAAUAUUGUUGAUCCUACAAGUGUUUCUGAUGAUGUUCCUAUUAUUGUUUCUAAUGACUGUGAUAAGGAAUUCCAAGGCGACAUAAGCAUGGAAAACCCGUUUGUGUUGCCCCUUGAUGUUUCUCUACCAAAGGCUUUUCCAUUGACUAGCAUGUUUGAAGGUGUUAGGGAUCAUGUUUUACUUAAGGGUGGUAGGGGGCUGCAUUUUGUUUCUUUCGAGGCACCUUCCCUCAUCACAUUACUUGGAGUUCUUUGUUUGCCUGGUCAGAAUUCGGAGGCUUGGUCCGACGGUGGCCAAUUUAUUUUGUUCGCUAUUGCAUCAAUUGUUUUGAAGCUUGAAUGGGAUCCGCCCCCAAACAUGGCAUGCACAGCGUCAUUGCACACUGUUUGUUUUCCUACUUACACCUUGAGGACAAGGUGUGUUUCUAUCGGGGCGGCAGUGUUACAGAAGGAUUAAUUAAUAAUUUAUAUUAUUGAGUUAAUUAGAUAUUUUAAUAGUUUAGCUAGAUAUUUUAAUUAUUUACUUUUUAUUGUUGAGUGGAAUUAUAACACUCCUUCGAGGGUUUCUUUUCGGUUCUUUACCUCGACGCUUUUAUUGAACCGACAGGCUUAGGGAUUAGG